AUGUAUACUGUUGAUCCUAAAUUAGGCGAGAGAUUUUUCUUACGUUUACUAUUACUUCAUGUUGUUGGCGCCACAAGUUUUGAAUAUUUGAGAACUGUAAAUGGAGUUUUAUAUAAUACUUUUAAAGAGGCGGCUUUUAAAAGAAAUUUAUUGGUUGAUGACAAGGAAUGGGAAGCAUUUAUGGAAGAAGCGUCAACAUUUUUAAUGCUCAUACAGUUGCGUCAAUCUUUUGCCUUUAUUUGUAUUUUUUGUCAGCCAGAAAAUCCAAAUAACCUCUGGGAAAAAUUUAAAAAAUAUAUGAUAGUAGAUUUCGCACAUACCCAUACAGAUUCUAUUGCAAUUAAUAUGGCCUUAUCAGAUAUAGAAAAAGUAUUGCACGACCAUGGUUUUCGUUGUAGUAAUUUCAAUUUGCCUGUUCCUACUUUAAUAGCUCACGAUGAUUUCUAUAAUAAUGAUCUUGAGGCAGCUGAGGCAUUGAAACUAAUUACUAAAUUAAAUUUUUUACAAAAAUCAGCCUUUGAUUUAAUCGUUCAAUCUAUCGAAAAUAAUGAUUUUCCUCAGCGUUGUUUUUAUAUUGAUGGUCCAGGUGGAUCGGGAAAAACUUUUUUGUAUAAUACCCUAAUGUGCUACAUUAGAGGACGCAACCAAAUAGUUUUACCGUUUGCAACAACAGGCAUUGCCGCUAUUCUUUUAAAAGGGGGUAGAACAAUACAUAGUGGAUUUAAAUUACCUAUUCCGAUUGUUGAUAACACUGUAUCUCUCAUGAGUCUUCAUUCCCUUGAUGCUACUGUUAUUAAAAGGUCCAAAUUAAUUAUUAUCGACGAAGCUACAAUGAUGACUAAAUACGCUUUACGCUGUAUCGAUAGAUUACUUAAAGAUAUAAUGCAAACACAGUUCCCAUUCGGUGGUAAAGUUAUAUUAUUGGUAGGCGAUUUUAGGCAAACUUUACCUGUCAUUCCAAACAGUUCAAAAGCAUAUAUUAUUGAAUCGUGUCUUAAGUCUUCUGAUUUAUGGGUUUAUUUUAAAGUUAUCCACCUGAAUGAAAAUAUAUUGUUAUCUUCUGAAGAUGUUGAGUAUAAUUCCUGGCUUUUGAAUGUUGGAGAAUCUUUAUCAAAUGUUUCCAAUCCUUUACUCCCUCCAGAUUCGAUUGUUAUCCCAAAUUCAUUAUUAGAAAAUUCAUUAAUCAAAUCAAUAUAUGGAGACUCCAUACAAAUAUCUGAUAUUAACCUAUUUUCAAAAAAAAUUAUAUUAACCACUAAAAAUAACAUAGCCUUAAAAUUAAAUAACGUAAUUAUUCAAAAACUACCAGGAAAUUCUAAGAUAUAUUUUAGCGCCGAUUCUAUACAAACAGACAAUCCUGAGGAUUUACUUAAUUUCCCCAUUGAAUUUCUUCAUUCUCAAACCCCAUCAGGAAUGCCUCCUCAUAUUUUAAAUCUUAAAGUUGGGACAAUAAUAAUGCUUCUUCGUAACAUGAAUCCCAGCAGAGGCUUAUGCAAUGGGACACGACUUCUUAUCAAAAAUUUACAUGAUAAUUUCAUAGAUUCUGAAAUAUUAUCAAGGACGCAUAAUUGCCAUCGCGUUUUUAUUCCUCGAAUUGAUCUUUCCCCGAGCGAUUCCCGGUUACCUUUCAUAUUAAAAAGACUCCAAUUUCCUAUAAUUCCUGCUUUUGUUAUCUCUAUAAACAAAAGUCAAGGUCAAACAUUCGACAAUGUCGGCCUCUUUCUUCAUGAACCAGUGUUUUCCCAUGGUCAGCUCUAUGUCGCUCUAACACGUUGCAGAUUUAAAAAAAAUAUGAAAAUAAAAAUAUUACCUACAAAAUACCAGGGCACACUUUUGAAUGAUAAUAGAGUAUUUACUCUUAAUGUCGUAUAUCAGGACGUAUUAAAUUCUGUAACUUCAAGUUAA